AUGUCGUCAGAGGACAAUGGUUGUUUAAUAAUCGACGACUGGCCAAUGAUGCUUGAUGGGUCUGAUUACGAUAGGAAGCAGCUCCUAUCUCUUGUUCGCGACAACCACAGCCCGUUUCGAGACGCAUGGAAUGUGAAAUCUCUCAUCCGAGAGGUGGAAGCUGCCGUCGACGAUGAAGUUGUAGACAUCCCAAUAGUCACAAGGGGGUCCAGCAACCUGGGCCUUCACUGCCGAUUAUCCAACAAACAAGACAUCGUGGUCCGCCUUGGGCGCAGCGAUGUCAACGAGCCCGACUAUGACGGCCCCAGCAUGGAACUCAUCCUCAGCGGCAUCGAGCUCCAGGUUGCCGUGAACGGCCUCUUGGAACGAAUCCCGGAUAUCCCCAACUCACGACCCGUCCAUUUUCGUGCCCCUGCGAGUAUCAGCGGCAGACCUUUAAUGGUCUUUGAGAAGAAGGAUGGUCGGGCCAAUGUCUGGGAGGAAUCGAGUCCAGUCGGCAAGGGAAGCCUUCUCGCCCAGGCGGCGUGCAUCCGCGCGUCCCUGUUCAACUUCAUGGUCCCCCGGGAUUUCAUUACCAAAUGGCUCCUUCUCCGGACCUUCAAUUUCAUACCCGAGGAACUUCCCAUCCCAAUCACAUUCACUCGAGCUUUUUGGACCGCCGUGUUGGCGGCCAUGGUCGAGGUAACGAUUGGAUCCGAGCGCGACAUGAUAGGAUGGGAAUCCGACAACGACACAGUAGGCCCUAAAUUAAUAAAGGCCAAGCAGGCUGUCCUCAGCCUUAUCCCGCACAUACUGCCCGACUGCCCAGACAAGGAACGGCUGUGCUACAGGCCCGUUCUAGAGCACGGCGACUUUGGGAUCUACAACAUGUGCGUCGCGGUAGACGAGCCCGGCGGCGAAGCCCGCAUUACGUCGCUCUUCGACUGGGAGACGGGCUGUACUGUCCCCGCACACCUCGCCGACCCCGAGAUGACGGUCCUGGUCGACCUCACGGCCGACGAGAAAGGGCACCCUACGAUCACCCGGGUCGAAGACGAUGCUACGCAAGAAUACCCUCACGAGUACAUGGGCCAUGCGCGCCAGUAUCUCAGGGUUCUUUACGCACACGCGCCAGAAUUCGAGAGCGCCAUCGCCGCGGGAAGGGACGCUCGGCACCUUUAGUUUUCGCUAAAGAAGUGGCCAGGAGAUGACCCGGAAGGCUAUUUUGGCCAGCUAGGCGCCUGGGCACUGUCGAGAACGGCUGAGAUCGAGGGGGCGAGUGGCCCAUAAGCGCC